AGUCAAGCAAACAACAAGAAGAAACAAACGGAAACCUGUUAGCUGGGGUACUGAUAGAACAAAUCCAUCAGCAGAGCAUGGGAUCUUCAUUUCAGCACAGUUACUUGGGUAGUUUUCACCAGCUUCCAGAGAAAAUGUCAUCUGCUUUAAUUGUAGAUCGCAAGCAUCAUUUUGAUACUGUUUCGAAAAGGGUUGACAUCCAAAGAAUCAGUUCUGAAAUUGAGAGAGGGAAGUCUGAAUCGAGCACUCAAGCAGUGAUAUCGGCCUUGAAGACCCUUCAAGAGAAGAUUCGCCGUUUAGAGCUGGAGAGAACUCAAGCAGAGGAUAACCUGAAGUGUCUGUCUGAGAAAACCCUGCAGCACAAACACGUUUUAGAACAGGAAAAGAGCGAGACAGACCUUGAGCAAAAAGAGGCUCAACAGAAAACAGAGCUUACUUCCCAACUGGGUUCAGCUGAGGCCCGCUGUUCCCUUUUGGAAAAGCAGUUGGAUUACAUGAGGAAAAUGGUGGAAAAUGCAAAGCAUGAGAAAAAUGAAACUCUAAAGAAACAGGUGUUGCUGCAGAAAAAGCGAAUUCAGGACCAAGUUGAAGUGCACACGAAAUUGGAAAAACUGGAAGCCCUAGAGCAAGAAUGUCUUAAACUUACAGCCACUCAAACUAAGGCUGAGAUGAAGAUUCAGCAGCUGGAACAAAGACUUUUGAGAGAAGAACAUCAAUGCAAGCUUGUACAGGAAAAAGCAGCCCAGCUUCAGACAGGACUGGAAAUUACCAGAAUAAUCCAGUCUUCACUUCCUGCUGAAUGUAAACCAAACAAAAGAACAAAAAAGGCACCUGCAAAGAGAAUUGCUUGUGCAAAGAAAGAACUACCUGUGCCUCCCAUUUAUCGCAAGGCAAAGUCACUUCCUUUCGUGGCUGGAACAUCUACCAGUCCCAGUCAUUCCGUGAGAGCUAAUGUUCAAAAUGUCCUGCACAUUAUGAAGUACCACAACCCAAAGCUCUACGAUGGAAGCCACGCUCUUCCCGCGAGUUCCCCAAGAAGAGCAGAGCGUGCAGAGAAGAGGUCUUUCUGCAGAUCUGCGUCUUCAUGCUCAGCCUCCUCUUCGCUCGGGAGCUUGUCAGAACUGCUGCUGGCUUUGCAAGAUGAACUGGGACAAAUGAGUUUUGAACAUCAGGAGCUACUGAAACAGAUACAGGAGACCAGGAAAACAGAAGAGUGCGAGGACCUGGAGAGGGAGCUGGACUGUCUGGUGAAAAGGAUGGAGGUGAAAGGGGACCAGAUUUGCAAGCUCAAGAAACAUCAAGCUGUUGUUCAGAAACUAAAGCAGAGAAGUCAGAAGACAAAGAGUCGGCUAGCCAGCGCUGGAGCACAAACAGAAGAGAGUGAAGUGAAGCCACUGUCCUCCACUCUCAGACAUAGAGGACCUUCCCCUAAGCCCACCGAGGGGCACAAGAGCCAGGGGAGCCUGCAGCUGCUGAAGAGUGUACAGAAACUGCAGAUGAACCUGCAGAAGGAUGAUAUCAUGUGGGAGCAGUAACCAGAGGCUCCCAUGGGACUGAUGCUGAAAGGGCAAGGGUCAAGA